GUCCUGCUCUCUGCCUGGAGAAGGGCCUGAGGCCUGCUUACUGGACGCUGGCCACAUCUGCCAGCAGACCAAAUCCUGCCCUGGGAGGUGCAGGGAAAUGCGUCCCUCUCGGAGUCCUGCCAAGGCUCAGGGGCCCUUCCAUGGAGGAUGCCAAUGAGGACCCCACCAUAUUCACUGCCCAUUCUCUGCCCAGUGACCCCCGGCUCCUGGCCACUGUGACCAACACAUACCUGGGCACACGAGUAUAUCAUGAUACACUGCAUGUAAGCGGUGUGUACAAUGGGGCAGGAGGGGACACACACCGAGCAGUUUUACCCAGCCCCCUCAAUGUCCAGCUGGAGGUCCCUGCAGGGAUGGGAGAACAGCUGACAGAGACCUUUGCCCUGGACACCAGCACAGGCUCCUUUUUGCACACCCUAGAGGGCCCCAGCUUUCGAGCCUCCCAGUGCAUCUAUGCCCAUCGCACUCUGCCCCAUGUCCUGGCCUUCAGUGUGUCCAUCACCCGCCUGUGCGAAGGGAGUGAGCCUAUCACGGUGCUUCUGCAGUCACCCUUCUCCCCAAAAAGCCCAGACCUGGACCUGCAUCUGGGUCCUGACUUCCAAGGAGCCCGGUACCUGUAUGGCCAUACGCUCACCCCUGAGCAGCCUGGGGGGCCGAAGCAGGAGGUACACAUGCUGUGGACACCAGCGCCCCCAGCUCUGACCCUUGAGGAAGGUGGGAAAGAUGGGACCUGGGACUUCCUGACAGUGGUGGGCAGCAGCCAGGCUGAGGCACAGGCCUGCCUCACUGAGGCGCUGCAGCUGCAGGCCAGGGGUGCCCUGUACAGGACCCACACAGAGGCCUGGACCCAGCUCUGGGCAGGCUGUGGCCUGGAUGUGGAGGGGCCCCUGUCCCUGCGCCAGGCCCUACGUGGCUCCCUCUACUACCUGCUCAGUGCCCUGCCCCAGCCUGGGGCCCCAGGAUAUAUCUGCCACGGCCUCAGCCCUGGUGGCCUCUCCAAUGGAAGCCGUGAAGAAUGCUACUGGGGCCAUGUCUUCUGGGACCAGGACCUCUGGAUGUUCCCACUCAUCCUGAUACUCCACCCAGAGGCCGCCAGGGCCAUCUUGGAGUACCGAGUCCGGACGCUCGGCGGGGCCCUGGGGAAUGCCCAGUACCUGGGCUAUGAGGGAGCCAAGUUUGCCUGGGAGAGUGCAGGCUCAGGCCUGGAGGUCUGCCCUGAGGACAUUUAUGGGGUCCAGGAGAUCCACAUCAAUGGGGCAGUUGUGCUGGCCUUUGAACUGUACUACCAUGCCACCCAGGACCUGCGGCUCUUCCGAGAGGCUGGUGGCUGGGAUGUGGUUAGUGCUGUAGCCGAGUUUUGGUGUAGCCGUGUGGAAUGGAACCCCAAAGAGGAGAAAUACCACCUGAGGGGAGUCAUGCCUCCAGAUGAGUACCACAAAGAGGUCAACAACUCCGUGUACACCAAUGUCCUGGCCCAGAACAGCCUGCAUUUUGCUGCUGAUCUGGCUCAGGACCUAGGGCUGCCCGUCCCCAACCAGUGGCUGGAGGUGGCAGACAAGAUCAAGGUGCCCUUUGACUGGGAGCAGAACUUCCACCCUGAGUUUGAUGGGUACAAGCCUGGAGAGCAAGUGAAGCAGGCAGAUGUUGUGCUCCUGGGGUACCCAGUUCCCUUCCCUCUGAGUCCCGACGUGCGCAGGAAAAACUUGGAAGUUUAUGAGGCUGUGACAUCCCCCCAGGGCCCUGCUAUGACCUGGAGCAUGUUUGCGGUGGGCUGGAUGGAGCUGAAGGACCCAGUGCGGGCUCGGGCCCUUCUGGACAGGAGUUUCACCAACAUGGCAGAGCCCUUCAAGGUGUGGACAGAGAAUGCCGAUGGGUCAGGCGCUGUGAACUUCCUGACAGGCAUGGGAGGCUUCCUGCAGGCCGUACUCUUUGGGUGCACAGGGUUCAGGCUCACCAGAGCAGGUGUGACUUUUGACCCCAUGUGCCUGGCAGGGGUCUCCAGAGUGUGUGUCUCUGGCAUCUCCUAUCAGGGGAACAAGCUCAACUUCUCCUUCUCUGAGGACUGUGUGACAGUAGAAGUUACGGCCCAGGAGGGACCCUGGGCCCCACCACUGGAGGCCGAGCUUUGGCCAUCACAGGCUCUGCUUCCCCUGCUGCCAGGAAACAAAGUCUCCUUUCCCUGUUCUGCUGGCCGGAUACAAAAAUCAGCUCCAUAGCUGCCUGGAAGUUCCAGCUGCAAGAGUUUCCUGCAGUGGGUUUGGGGAUGUGAGACACCUGCUGCAGAACUCAAACUACCCCUCAGGUUCACCCUUGGUUCCUCCAGCCCUGAGGAAUGCUUCACCCUCAGCCCUGCCCACUGAACAACCAGGGCUGCUGGGUCCAGAAUUGUCUCUCCUCAGGGCCUCUCUCUAGCCACUCUUUCCACUCUCACCCUUCUUUGACACCUUCUGACCUGCAACCCCAACCCACCUGCUGCCUGGUUCACAUGAAAGUCCAGGUUGCUUGGCCUAAAGUUGAAGGCCAUCUGCCUCCAGCCUGAGCCCUACUGCAGCAUCCCCAGGGGAAGGUGCCAUGGGUCUACCUUGUGCGCCAACUGGUGCCCACCGCCUCUCAAUGCUCCAUCACAUGGCCUCCCCAGGAUGCCUUCCUGAGUCCUUAAUUAGCCCACACUUCACCUCUGGCCUCUUCUACCUCACUCUUCUGGGAGCCAUAUUCCCAGAAGCAGCCAGCAGCUUGACUGAGAAAGCAGUGGGGAUGGCAGUGUGAAGGGCCUGAAGGAAGCGGCCUUGGUCACCUGCAGAAUGACCCAGGCCUCUCAGUUGCAGCUUUGCCAAAAAGAAACUGUCCACAUGGUGCCACUGAGGAGCAGGCAUGGCGUGGCCGUGCUCACACGGUGGCUUAAUCCAAAAGCUGGGCUCCACGGCCUCUGGCACAGACAGAGUGGAGGGAAGCCCUUCCUCAGCCACAUAGCCUGUGGGAAGAUGGGGAGGUGUCCAUCAUCAGGCUAUAGGACAGAUGCAUGUGAGAGCAAGACCCCAAAUCUUUCCACUGACCAGCUAGAGGGGCCAAAACCAAAUGUGCAUGGGUUAAAGACCAUGGCCCUAGGCUCCUUUGCCCUGGGUAGAGGGCAAAACCCUGGCUGUGGGGAGAAGCUCUGCCCAACUACUGGGCCUCAGUCUCUGGGGUGGGUCAUUGGUGAUUUCCCAAAAAGGACAGUAGAGGGCAUCUACUGAGAAAUCCUGAAAAAACCGAGCCCCAGGCGCCACAUCAGCUUAAGGAAUUAAAGCAGGAAGACACUCCUCCAAGGAGCUUCCUUCCUUUUGAAAGCUA